AUGGUCUCCAGAUCCUUCGCCUUCACGAUUCUGGCCGGCGCCCUCGCCGUCGAGGCCGCCAAGAACCCUCACACCGGCAAGGCGGUUCUCGAGCGCCCGUCCCUCAAGGUCGGCCCGCUGGGCACAGGCAAGCCCUUUCCCGAAUCUCCGGCGCGAGAGGCCGGACGGUACUGCUUCGUCAAGCCGUCCUGCACCAAGGGCCGUGACGACGCGCCCAAGAUCCUCCGGGCCUUCCAUGACUGCAACAACGGAGGCACCGUCGUGCUCGACGCCGAGUACCUCAUCGCCUCGCCGCUCGACCUGACGUUCCUCGAGCACGUCGACGUGGCCAUCUCCGGCACGAUCAAGUUCAGCGAUGACAUUGACUAUUGGCUGCCUCGCACUUUCAAGUACCCGUUCCAGGACAGCUCGUCCAUGUGGCGCUUCGGCGGCAAGGACGUCAACAUCUACGGAGGCGGCGUGGGCCUCAUUGAUGGCAACGGCCAGGCUUGGUACGACCGGUUCGCUUCGAACAAGACCCUGAUGAGACCGAUCGCUCUGGUCACCGAUGGCUUGUACGGUGGUAGUAUUACUGGUCUGCGCAUGAUCAAUUCACCGAGUUGGUUCAACCUGAUCGCCAACGGCUCGGACAUUCUCGUGUCCAACUUUGACAUCCGCGUCGGCAGCACCUCCAAGAACCCUGCCAAGAACACCGACGGCUGGGACACGUUCCGCGUCGACAACGUCGUCAUCCAGAACUCUCACAUCGACAACGGCGACGACUGCGUCUCCUUCAAGCCCAACAGCACCAACGUGCUUGUCCAGGGCCUAGAAUGCAAUGGCAGCCACGGUAUCAGUGUCGGGUCUCUUGGCCAGUACGUCGAGGAGUUUGACAUCGUCGAGAAUGUCUACGUCUACAACAUCAGCAUGUCGAACGCCUCGGACGGCGCGCGCAUCAAGGUCUGGCCCGGCAUCCAGACGCCGUUCCAGCCCUCGCUCAGCGGCGGAGGCGGCUCGGGAUACGUCCGCAAUGUGACAUAUGACAACUACCGCAAUCAGAACAACGACUGGAUCAUCGAGUUGACGCAAUGCUAUGGCAGCAAGAACCAGACUCUGUGCAAUAUGUAUCCGGCCAAUAUGACCAUCAGCGAUGUCGUCUUCAAGAACUUCUAUGGCACAUCAUCCAAGAAGUACGACCCCAAAGCUGGCACUUUGAUAUGCAGUGCUCCGGAUAAAUGCAACAAUAUCCGUGCUGAGAAUAUCACAAUCACCACCCCCAGCGGCGCCAACCCCCAGUGGAUCUGUAACAACAUGCAGAAUAAUCUGCUGGAUAUCAACUGCGUUUCCUCUUAA